UAGGAAGCAUUUUGGAAGCCCGCGAAAUUUCCAUCCAAAGAAAGAGGAGUGGUAAGUGUAGCGAGCGAGGAAGAAAGAGUGAGAAAAGAGAGAGGAUUCUCCCUUCUUUGCGAAGGGAUCGAGCGAAUUGGAUGGAGCACAAUUCGAAGAAGGCUGUGAAUUCACUGCAGCUCCCGCCGGGCUUUCGAUUCCACCCCACGGACGAGGAGCUGGUCGUGCAUUACCUCGCUCGCCGGGCGGCGUCGCGGCCAUUCGCAGUGCCAAUCAUCGCGGAGGUGGAUCUCUACAAGUUUGAUCCGUGGGAUCUCCCGGACAAGGCCUUGUUUGGCGAGCGCGAGUGGUACUUCUUCAGCCCUCGCGAUCGAAAGUACCCGAAUGGAGCUCGGCCCAACCGCGCAGCCGGGUCGGGCUACUGGAAGGCCACUGGCACCGACAAGCCCAUCUCCAGCGAUGGAUGCAAAGUGGGCGUGAAGAAGGCGCUGGUGUUCUACAGGGGACGAGCGCCCAAGGGAUCGAAGACGAGCUGGAUCAUGCACGAGUAUCGAUUGGCCGACGCCAGCGGCGCCAGCAAUCGAUUGAGCUUGCGCAAGAAGGGAUCUCUCCGGCUGGACGACUGGGUUCUCUGCCGGAUCUACAAGAAGCAAUCGAGCGAUUGGAAGAGCCCCGCGGCCUCACAAGAAGCGCCAAGCCGCGAGAACGUGAAAAUGGACGCGGACGAUGAGUCGUGCCUGGAGGAGGUCCUGGCGUCCCUGCCCGACAUUGACGAUUCCAAGAUUUGCUUGCCGAGGCUGGGCUCUUUCACCGCCAUGCUCUCGAACGAGCAACAAGGCGAUCAGGCUCAAGCCAAUGGAUCCCUUGGAGCGAGAGGAAUUGGAUCCGCCACGAGCUUCACUGCAAACAGUGGAGCGCCUUUGAUCGAUCAGCUCAAAUUCCACAACGCUUCCUCAGCUCUAAACUCCAGUGAUCCUGUAGUGGAUAAUUGUCUCCUGGAUACUCGGUACAAUGAUCUUCCCACUCUCAGCCUCUAUAACAACAGCUCUAGAACAAGUGAUCACCACCACCACCAACAACACAUCCUGGAUCAAAAGCCCACAAUCUCUCCGGAGCAAAUGUUCUAUCUCAAGAAUUUCCCCAACUCGAGGCCGCAUUCGCAGGGGAUUUUCCAAACCCCCAGCUCGAUCGAGGAUGGAGUCCAAGGUUCCUGCAAGAACCAAGUAAUUUACUCGGACAGGAUCAACAUGGUAAAUUUCCCAGGUUAUUUCUUCCAACACAAGAGCUGAAAAAUUAAAAAAGGUGGUGGCGUAAAUUAAAAAAGGUUUGCUAUACAUUUUUUAUUCGGUUUUUUUUUUGUAAAACUUCCUUUUUUGUGGAGAUCAUUAUAAGCAAAACGUGUAAUUCGAAGAUCA